ACCCCGCGCGUGCACCCUCGCGCCCCUCCCGCCGGGCACCGCGGGGCCAGCGGCGCCGCAGCCUGGGCCGGCCGAGCUUCGCCGCUCCGGCUCGCGCCCCGCCGGCCUGUCGCCGAGUCGGCGUUGCGGGCUGCCCGGCUCUGCUCGGGAUUGCUGUGCUAUGCCUUGUAUGACAAAAGUCCUCUCACCAAGAAUACUUUUGCCUUGACACCUGUGGACGGUCAGACUGUAAAAACACUUGCUAAGGAGUGCUAAAGUGGCAAUGAAACAGCCCAACAGAAAGAGGAAGCUUAGUAUGGAUUCCAAAGAGCAUUUGAAUCAGGAUGGAUGCUUGGAGCAAGCUGAAGAAGAAAAGAAGCCCAGGGAUGGUGCCACCCCAUUGAGUCACGUCCCCUCAGUGGCUGCACAGGAAGCUUGGUCUUGGGAGCAGUACUUGACAGAACAGAAGGCUAUAGCAGCACCCGUGGAACUGUUUUCCAAGGACCAAUCCUUUCCGGAGCACGAAAAUGGUUUUCAGGUUGGAAUGAGAUUAGAAGGCAUUGACCCCCGACAUCCAUCUGUAUUCUGUGUACUGUCUGUAGCUGAGGUGUGUGGUUACCGCCUAAGACUUCAUUUUGAUGGUUAUUUAAGCUGCUACGAUUUUUGGACCAAUGCUGGUUCCCCUGACAUUCAUCCAGUAGGGUGGUGUGAAAAGACCAAACAUGAAUUGCACAUCCCUAAGGGUUAUAGAAAAGAUAAAUUUGUUUGGAUGGAUUACUUGAAGGCCUGCAAAUUGCAAAAUGCUCCCAAGAAAUUAUUCAGAAACCGGAGUUCUAAUGGGCCAAUGCCUAAAGAAUUUCAGGUUGGAAUGAAGCUGGAGGCCGUCGACAGGAAGAACCCUUCCUUGGUGUGUGUGGCAACCAUAGCAGAUAUUGUUGAAGAUCGCUUACUAGUGCAUUUUGACAAUUGGGAUGAUAGUUACGAUUACUGGUGUGAUGUAAAUAGUCCUUAUGUCCAGCCAGUUGGUUGGUGUCAGGAGAAUGGAAGAACUCUGAUAGCACCCCAAGGUUAUCCUGAUCCAGAAAAUUUUUCCUGGACAGAAUAUCUGGAAGCUACUCAAACUAAUGCUGUUCCUGCCAAAGUUUUUAAAAUGCGGCCACCCCACGGUUUUCUGCCCAGCAUGAGGCUUGAAGCGGUGGACAGACGGAACCCCAGGCUAAUUCGCGUGGCUACAGUCAUCGAUGUGGAUGAGCAGCGGUUAAAGGUUCAUUUUGAUGGCUGGGACCACAAAUAUGACUAUUGGAUGGAUGCAGACAGCCCUGACAUCCACCCGAUUGGAUGGUGUGACAUAACAGGGCAUCCCCUGGAAGUACCAUAUCGAGCAAAUGAUGUGAAAAUCCUUCCAGGUCAAGCUGUUUGUCCUACUCCAGGGUGCCGAGGAAUAGGCCAUAUCCGUGGUCCACGGUAUUCAGGACAUCACAGUGCUUUUGGCUGCCCGUAUUCCGACAUGAACUUGAAAAAGGAGGCAACUCUUCAUGACCGUCUGCGAGAACAGACACAGGCAAAUUUGGAAUCUGACUCUUCACAUUCAAGAUCAAAGAACCUCUGUAGUUUGAACUUCAACGGAAAACACGAGAAGGUGAACAGUCAGCCCAGACUUGUACAGCAGGCAAAGUGUUUGAAAAUCAAAGGAAAAGAAGAUAUUGACUUGGAUAAUCUCUUCAGAGCAUUAUUCUAGGCAUGGCGGAGACCACAGUGAACAAGAGCAAAGCUGGUCUCAGCUGUCAUGGAGCCCACCGUCUGGUGAGAGUGACUGACACCAAGCCGGGGAAGGUUACAGCUGAAGUAAGUGCCCAGAAAGAGCAGCAUGGGGUGCCAGAGGGUCAGAGAGGCUUCUCUGAGGGAGUGACACGGGGUCCACUCCUGAAGGGUACGGACACAUGAAGUGGACAUCAAGGGAAGCGCAGAGGCAGAGGGCAAGGGGAGAAAAGAAGGACAUUUGCUGAGUGUUUCCAUGAGCUGACAGUAUGAGUACCGUGUGUGUUAUUUAUUUCAAUGAUCUGAUAUGAUAGUCUUAAUCUGAUGUUGAGGGUACUGCUUUUCACCCUGUUUUACCGAGAGGAAACCAAGGUACAGGAAUUACAUCGUGUACCCUUGGUCCCGCUGUUAAAGAUGAUGGAGCCAGGGUUUGAACCCAGGUCUUACUGUAGAGCCUACACCCUGGGCCACCAUCCCGUUCACCUCCUAACACGAGCAGACGCUUACAGGGGCUAGAGCGACGGUGACGUGUGCAUCAGUCUGUUCGCCAAAAAGAUCAACACGAAGACUCAGGCCGGCUCAGGGGUCAUUCAUUCAGCCCAUUGCUCCACACUAACACGCGUGAUGCUGUAAAGGUGGGUUUGUGAGAGGCUCCUGUGGGAAAGAUGUUGUCACUAAAUAGGCAAGCUCACGAGAGCACCGAGAGCCUGUCUGCAAGGAAGGGAAAGAAGCAGACGCGGUGCCCGCCAGCAGCCCCAGUCACACUGGCAAGACAUGUGAGGAGUACAGAGCUUCACUGGGCCUGGUGAGUUGGACUCCGCAAUGGCAUUUGCACGCCACGAUUCCUCCUUCAGUCACCUCUCAGAUAACAGUGAGUUCAUCUGCCCAUAUUGUACAUAGCGUGUAGACAUCGUUGAGGUGUGCCCUCUGGACCAUGAGCUCGUAGGCCGGGAAUCUUUGCUUAUUUUCUGUAUCUUCUGGGCCUGGCCUCACGCCAGUCCUGCAGUGAACACUCAGUACUGAAUGAAAUUUGUAGCGUUUCUGGAGCCAAGUCCCUUGCGCCUUUCUCUGUAGAGUAUUUAUUGCCUUAUUGAAUUUAUAUUUCAGCUAUGCAAGCAGUUGUUUUACUAUUACACAUAGAUUACAAAUGUCUUAAUUAUCUCAGCAUUGUAUGCAUACGUUUUAAUGUUUGUUUAUUUAUUUAUUUAUUUAUUUAUUUAUUUAUUUAUUUAUGAGGGGGGAGGGCAGUGAAAGAGGGAGACAAGAGGUUCCAAAGCAGGCUCCGCACCAACGGCAGACACCUCAACGUGGGGCUCGAACCCACAAACUGUGAGAUGAUGACCUGAGCCAAAUUCAGACAUUUAACUAACCGAACCACCCAGGCGCCCCUCAGUCUAAUACGUUUUAAAGAGCCAACACCGGCUGGAAAUCUGUGAGACAUCUCCCUCUACCACUUAAAAAUAGGAAGACAUAAGAAACAAGAGCAGGGUAAUAAUCACAUGUUCAAACACUGGACUUGUCCUUCCAGAUAUUCAAUGUGUUGUGGAGAGAAUAAGUUGACACAACAUUCUAUUGGAAUUCUGUGAGUUGUAAAUGGAUUCUGCCUGACCAUCUAGUGCGCACUGUAGUUUAGAGAUCUGUGGCACUCAAUUUGCAUAGCCCAAUUUCAGGCCAUUGCGGUACAUUUUCCAGUUUGUUGACUUGUUCUUUCUCUAAAAACUAACAAUGUCAGAAUUCUUUAUGCCCAUUAGCCUACUUACUCACUGAAUCUUGAAACAGAAAAUUCUUCACCAUUGGCAAAGUAAGAGCCAGCUAUUUGCAAAACUUAAAUCGAGACUCUCUCUGUUACCACAGACGGUUAGAUGGGAAAAAAUACAUAUGAAUUUUGUAACUCACUGCCCUUUCAGCUGCAAACAAGGAUAUUUGACCUUUUUUUGCCAUUUGCUUAAAUGUCUGGAAACUGAUAUUUAUUAUACCACAAGAGGCAUAUAAAGUACAGUAAGCCCUGUUGUUCACUGUGACUAGUAUCUGGCGGGGAGCAGGCACUGAUUCAUAUUUAUUGUAAUCCAGCAUAUUGAUUAAUACAAUAUAUUGAUCCAAUAUAUGUCAACUGCCAUCCUCUGAAAACUGCAAUUAAUUUCAUAUUGAAAAUACGUUGAACAUAUUUUAUUGCUUUAUGAUUCAAAAAGCACUCCACAGACUUCCUAAACCUCUGAGCCAUUGUUUCAACAUCACUUGAAGUUGUAUUGAUUGAUGCAAUGGUGCCAGUUGACAGAAAUUUCCGAUCGAUAAUAUGCUUUCAGCACCCGUCUGUAUGUGUAAUUUUCAAAUUAAAGAAAAAAAAUGCUUAUGAAAUUGAGUUAAAAGCAGUAUUUUAGUCAUUACCAAGGGUUUUCUCUAAGUUCUUAGUAAGUCUUUGGAACUACCUCCAAUUGCUUUGCAAAGAACUCCAAAAGAGACAUUUUAUAAUUGAGCAAUGCGAUAACAGAGAACCGGCGAGGGAAGCCCGUCAGUAAUCAAGCACAGAGCUCGGUGGCCAAAAAUGUGCCAUCAGUGCUUAAUGAGACAGAAUAGCUAACUGAUUAGAAAUGUUGCAAGACCCCGCUGGGUGCCGGCAUGGCCGCUCCCAUGGCCAUAACUGCUACUUUCAGUCGUCCCUGCUAUUGAUGCACAUCCUGCAAAGCCAGGAAUUUUUAAUGCAAUAUACUGAAAGCCAGUGCUGGCAAAUAGGGCAUUUAUGAUGCCAGGGUCCGUUGAUAGAGCACGGUACCCCUCAAGAUACCUUUCAUCAGUACGGGUACUGCAUGCUUAAGUCUCCCAACAAAACGCAGGAGAGCUGGUGGCGUCCCAGGGCAAAGGCCAGAGUCUCCAUCAAAGUUACAGAGUAAAUUCCAUCCACUUAGGAAAUUUUCAAGAAAUGGCCAAAUUCAUCCACCGAAUCUGCCCUACCAAGGAAAUGCAACAGGAUUUCUACCCAGUUCUUGAAUGAAUGAAGAUACAGAUGCGGACUGUGAUGGGCUUAACUGGCAUCUCAUUGCACCAGGGCCCGCAGGGUUUUAAUGAGAAUGCUUCCACCCGGGCAGCCAAACUAGAUGGGCACUGCAUAUUCUUGACUUGUUUGCGCAUUGAAGAUGCAGCGGGAAUAAGUGCAGGAGGAGUCCGCAGAGGACCUCUGUGCGGUGUGGGAGGCUGAGAGAGAGCCCCAGGAUUCACACUGAGGGCUCUCACAGCCGAACCCUGACCCUCCAAGCGGCUGCUACCAUUACCUUUCGCGUGUGCUUCCCCCAGACACAUGGAGCAGGAAGGAAAACUAAUUUCAGAAAGAGACCAAAUAAGUUACCAACUUGUUGACGUCACCUGUUCAUUAUUCUUUAAUAUACAGCAUCUUCAGAAAACUGCUAAGGAUGUAAGAGCAAAUCAGUACAUGUUCCACAGCAAAAUUUGCUUAAAAACUUUUUUUUCCCAUUAUGAGCAGAUCACCUGCUGGGAAAAAAAAAUCUUCUAUUUUCCCUCCCUCUCUCCAGAACUCAUUUCAGACCCAUGUUAUUGCCCUAAGAGAAAAAAAAAAGUCUCCAUUAAAAACCAGAAGUUGCACACUUCACAGCCACAGCCCAUGGGGCGACUAGGGGACACAGUAGAUCUUCAAAUAGCAAAUCUUAGAGCCACUGUGCACACUGGAGUCAGGCCGCAUUUGCAUUUUGGAAAACAUUAGGCAUUGAUUUUGUUGAGUUGCUUAAAUGAAAUACUUCAGAAAUUAAUGUGCACAGGUAUUAAUAAUAGAGAGCAUUAACAUUUAUAAAGACUAAGAAACUUUUCUCAAAUUGGAAAAACUAUGCAGGGACAUUAUUAAUAUUUUUAUUAUUCUGAAGACUACAAGGUUAAUUGCUUUUCAAAAUGGUGAGGCUAACGAGUUUUUGCAGAGUUUCUAACUAAAGGAAAAGGCUAAGACUAGAUUAACCAGGAUUUUCUUUGGUCCUAAAGAAUGUCUCUGACACACAUGGGGAAGUACAUGCGGAAAAUAGGAUUUGGUGAGAAGUUCGAUUUUACGGAGUACUUUAUCUGGAGGAAAAGAAUACAGAGAAUUAACGUUGAGUCCUUCUUUUGACCUCCAAAUAUUGUGUCACUUCUUAGAGCACUUGAUAAACUCCUGGUCAGGCACUUUGUAAUGAUUUUUUAAAAUUUUGGUCUCUUGAUAAUUAUUAUACCCAAUUGAGUAGCGUAAGUGCAGUGCUAACUGCUUUUAGUACUCAAAGGACUGUAUUUACUGCCUUACUGACUUCACAUCCAUGUUUUGUGGCAUUUUGCUAGCUCACAUCUUGACUGGUUAAAAAUUUGUAUUAACAAGUACAGAAUGUAGUCGAAUUGCAUAGGUGUUCUGUGCAAUUACAAAUUGGGCUUAUUGUGCAAAACUACUUUUCUGAAAGCACUUUAAUAAAACAAAUUGAAAAUUUCCCGUUUCCAGGAACUUUCACUCUGUCCAAGAAGUAAUCAGAAUAACGGAGAAAGGAAGCUGCAAUAGCGGCUACCAGCUGGAUUUCUCAUGGGCCAGCCAGUGCCCUGGGGGCUUAUUAAGACCCUUGUUAAGUCUGGGGAGGUGUAAGUUCAACUCACAGGCCAAUCUAUUUUCAAGACUUAAACUGAAAAAAUAGUUAGGUAAACCAGAAGCAAAGCCAGUUCUGUGGUCUUCGGGAGCAAAAUUACUCUUCUGUUGAGCCACUUAAGGAUAGGGAGAAGACUGGAUGAAGGUGAAUGAUGCUCACUGUGUGCCAGGCCCCAGCAGGUUGCUUCUCUCUAAGUUGCAUUGUGUUAUCUUCUUCUUCUCUUUUAAUAUGGAGAAACAGCAGCACAAAGGGUGUAAAUAAUGGGCCCUUCCCAGGGCCACAUGCCUAAUGAAUGGCUGACUGGCACCAGCACCAAUUUGUGGUCAGUCACCACGAAGGCAGCAUGGUGGGGUAAUAAUGUCCUGAUGAGGAGCUUUGCAGCAGAGGCCGGGGUCGCCAACCUGUGUUCCGUCUGCAUAAGAAACACCUUUUUGAGUGCCAGUUUGAGAGAAAGUGGGAGAGGGAUUGGCCAACCCCCCACCAAAUCCAUCUGUGGUCAUGGCAUGAACAUAGACUCAAAUGAAGGAUAUGUGUAUUUUCUUCAAAGUGUAAUUAGUUGGUGAAGUGUUCUCACUCUGCUUCAGAGAACUAGUGCCAUAUGUCAAUAUUAGUGUUCUUUUACUGCAUUCUUACAGGGAUUUUCCUUAAAGCAGUCAUCCGGACACUUACAUUCCAAACACAAUUUAAAAUGUUGCCUAGUCCAAGCGUCUCUGAAAAACAGAAGCAGUUAUCAGUUACUGGUGCUCUUGAGAAAACAGUCAUAUUUAAUUUCUGCUGAUUCAAUGAAACAAAAUUACAAAAUAAUGAACCUACCAAAGGAUCCUUUCACUCUAAGAUCAGCUGUUCAACAAACAUUUUACGGAGCAAGUACUGUGCGACCAACACUGUGAGUUACAGUCAGUCUAAUGGUAGCCCAUCCAAGUAAAGAAAUACAGAAGCAAAUAGUUUUGUUUUGUUUUGUUUUGUUUUGUUUUUAGUUAGUAAGCUCUGGAAAAUGUUGGUCAUUGGAAGUGAAAUUUAAAAAUUCAUCAUUCUGUCAUUUAACUCAAAACCUUCGAUCUCUAUUUACAUCGUGGUUAAGAGCAUAGGGUUGGAAUUCGUUCAGUCAUCUAUUUAAUAACCAUUUAUAGUCUACUGCUUGACAAGCACUGUAUUAGACACUGGGUCUAUCACUUGUCAAAAAAAAAAAAACAACAGUCCCUACCUUCAGUAAAUAUUACAUUCUAGCUGGGACGACAGAUUAAUCAAAUGACCUUAUUUUAAAAAUAUCAACCUGUACCUGUGGCAAGUGAUAUAGAGAAGAAUUUAUGUGAGACUUUUAUUAUAAGAAGACUUGACGUAACUGAGGAAAUAACAUAAGGUUUCUGAGAAAGGGGACAUUUAAGCUACGACUUAAAGGAUGGGCAGAAGGUGAUGAGGCAGGAGGAGGGAAGAAGGAUCAGAGCAGCAGAGGGUAGUUGUACAAAAGCCUUGUGGGGGGCGGGACAGUAAAGCAUCAGGGACUAAGAAAAAGUCAGUAUAGCUUGAGAAGAGAGAAUGGAUGGUUGUGAAAAUAUCAUAGUUCAAGAAGAGCCUGGAGAAGUAGAGUCUGGUCUUUGUACUGAACACAAUGGCAAGGCGUUGAUGGGUUUAAAGCAGGGGAAGUGGAUGAUAAGGAACAGAAUAGAUACAGUCUGAUCAGUUGGAAAACUAGUGAAGUUUCCAGGAUAAAGGUGAUGGUGGCUCGGAGGUGCAUGGUGAUAUGGAAAGGAUGGAGAGAAGAGAACAUAUUCAAGAUUAUUCAAGAGGUAAACACCGAGAGGAUACUGGGGAUGAGUGAUGGGGGCUAUUAAGAAUGACUUGGGCAACUGAAAGUGUAUAAUGCCUUUCACUAAGGAAACUUGAAAAUGACCAGGUUUGGGAUUUGAGGGCCGCGGGGGCAGGAGUGAGAAUACUGAGUUGGGUUCAAGUAUGUAGGGUUUUGAGAGGCAUUUGAGAAAGCCAGAAGAAAAUGUCAGGUAGCAAGUAUAUGGGGCUAUAGCUGGAGUUCAGAAGUGAAGUUUGGACUGGAGAUUAACUAUUGGGGGUAGUGUGCAUAGAGGUGGCAAUUGAACUCCGGGGUCUGGGUGCAAUCAAUUUGGGAGAGGGUGUGAAGGGGAUGGGGGUUCUAGGAAGGCCUAGAACCAAAUCUUGAGGAACUCUAACCCUUAAGGGCUGGUUCCAAGGGAAUGAGUCGUAGGGACAGGGAGGACCAUCUGCUCAAAAAGUAAGAGAGGCAAGGGCUGCUGUGUCAUGAGCAUCUAGAGAAAAGAGUCUGUUAAGAAGGAAGGGUUCCAGCACUGGAUGUGCUGAGAGGUCAAGUAAGAUGAGUACUGAAAACUCUACGUGGGACUGAAAAUAAAUUAUGUUGGAUUGAAUGAUGCCAAGGUCAUCAAGGACACUAAUGAAAGCCUUGGUGGAGUCAUGGUCAGAUUCAAGUGACUGAGGAGAGUAUGGGAGGUAGAGAUAGGGAGACAGCCAGUAAGACAACUUAUUCAAGGUCAGCUGAGAAGCUCAGGAGGGAGAUAGGGUGAGGACUGGCAGUACAUGGGCCGUCUAGGAGCUGUGUGUGUGUGUGUGUGUGUGUGUGUGUGUGUGUGUGUGUUAAAUGAGAGGCACUCAAGAGUGUUCCAGCACCAGUGGAAGGAUCCUGGUGAGGCAGGUUGAAUUUAUACAAGAUAGAAGGGAUUACUGAAGUCAUAGUUUCUGAGAAGGCUCAAGAAGAUGAGAUUUGCCUCAGGUGGGCAGAGAGACAGCUUCCAUAAGCUCAGUUUGAGGAAGAUUCAGGCUUUCCAGUUUGUGGCUUCUAUUUUUUUCUAUAAAGUAGGCAGCCGGAUCAUCUGCUGGAGGGGUUCAGAGACAGGCGGCAGCUGAGGGAGCCUAAAUGGCAGGACCGAGGGAAGGGAGGUUUGAAACACUGUGCCUCGAGAGUGGAAAAGCAAGUGAGCCAGCGAGGGUCGUGGGGCUGCUGGGCAGCCCUUGAUGGUUAUGGAGUUUUAGUGGAACCAAUCUGUCCUGUUAGGAUGCGUCUGCAGGCACAGAAAAAGCAGUUAGCGAGGCUCUCAGACUGCAAUUUUGGCCAGAUGGUUGCAAUGAAAAGACAGAGAAAUAAGGAAAUGUGAAGUAUUUGCGGGACAUAAAAAAAUUUCCACUGAAUCUGAGCAGAAAGAAGAGGGUAGUGAAGAAAGAAUAAGGCCAAGAGGUUGGGAGCAAUUAAGGGAAUGAAUCAUUUGAAGAUCCCCAUGAGGUCCUGGCACUCAUCAACCUGUAGGAAGCUGAUGGGUGAAAAGAGGCGGGACAGGCAUGGUGGGCGUAGUCUUGGAAGUCUCUGAUGCUGCACAGGCCUGAGGCUGGUGGCUAGAGGACCCUGCUGCUCCCCUGGGGUGUGACCCUAGACCCCGAAAUGCAGGUUCCACAGGCCACACCAACAGGAUGGAUGGCCUUGAUGGCCGAGGCCUCCAGGUUCUGCCAUGGACAGACCAAGACCACAUGUCUUGGUCGCUUGGCAGGCCGCUUCACUCCCAAACCUCACCAUGCUCCUCUGGAAGUUGGUGUUAGCUUUCUGUGGUUAUGAGGAUUGAGUAAAGUUAUGGGUGUAUAACAGCACAAUAACUGACUCUUGGCCAGGAAUUCAUAAAAAGUGUCAGAAGCUGCUGUUUUUUUCUUGUGACACAGGCAUUUUCUAGGCAGAUCACAUGUUUCAUUGUUGUUAUUCUUUUAUUUUAACCCUUAAGAGGCAAGGCAGAAAGACAUUUUGGAUUUCAGAGAAACAGUGUGAUUUGUAACAUGGUGAUAUUAUCAUGUUGACUUAAUCUUUUCUCUUCUGACUCUACAGCUGAGAGUUGAGAGUUGCAGCUCCGCUGUAGGGGAGCCAGAGUGAGGGGCAAGCUGACCCUAAAACAGGGUGUCUUAGGUGCUUGCUAUCCUUGAGUGCCUGUCUUGUUCAGACUAGACUAACUUAGGUUCCUUUCAUAAACCAUGAAUUCCAAGUGUCGGGCAUCAAGGAGUUAGGCCACUCAAGGGGCUCCUUCCUUCCAAAGCAAUGUGAGAAAAAAGUUCACUUAGGUUUAUUUGCUUACCUGUCACCUACACUCAACAAAGAUGGCUGGGGUCCUGUUUAUCUUUGAAUGUACACACUCAUGGCAGGUGCUCAAUAAUUGUUUCAUGGAGUAGACUCUGAAUAGCAAGGUUUUUAGCUCUGUAAUAGGUAAGGUAGGGUUUCUGCUCACAUCAGCACUGUUGACAGCUGGGGCCAGAUACUUCUUUGUUCUUGGGGCUGCUCCAUGCACUGUGGCAUGUGUAACAGAAUCCCUGUCUUGUACUCACUAGAUGCUAUUAGCAACUCCGCCCCCCCCCUCCAAAAAUAAUGACUCUGGACAUUUCUAAUUAUCUCCUGGUGGAGGGAGACAAAAUGGUCUUUGGUUGAGAACCGCUAGCUUAGAGGAAAUCUUUAAUGUGGUCUAUUUGUUGAAUUUUUUUAAGUUUAUUGAAUUGUUUGCAGAGGAAAAAGCCUGAACUAUAACCCCAAAUAUCUUGCAUGGUUUAUUUCCGAGAAGUGAAAUUGUAGGUGUUGUAGUUUCUUUCUGUAGUCCUUGGGCUUUUUGAAAAUGUCUCAUGUUUCUUCACUAUACAUGUAUUGCUCUUACAAUUUAAAAAGGAGAGAAUGAAAAACGUUUAAUAUAUGAAAAUGAUUCUUUUAAAAGUAUGCGUUUCUUCCUAAUACCCAGACAUUCCUAACAAUCAUUUUGAUUUCAGCCAGUGAACAUUUAUUUUAUUGUGCAUUUUGUUUAUCUAAUUUGUUCAUUAAUUAUCAUGGCUUGGAGUAUUUUUAAUCAGCAAUGUCAUAAUCUGCUACUAAUUGAAGUUCUACAUGUUGACACAAAUUUAUUGGUCAGCCAAGCAAUGGAUUUCAGUCUCAGAGACACCUGACCUUUUUCUAUAAAGGCAGGAGCUUAUCCAGUAUCAAGUGACUUUGGUAUAACCACACUUGUCCAGUGUCACUAUUAGAGCCUGAGGUCCCAGAACAUUGGAAAGAAGAGGGUGUGUGAGUGAGUGAGUGAGUGAGUGUGUGUGUGUGUGUGUAAGUAAUAAUAAACUCCAAGUCAAACUUAAUUUUUGAAAAAUCAGCCAGUUAAGAGAUUUUGCAAAACUCUAAAUCAAAAAAAAAAAAAAAAAGAUUCACAAGAAAGGAUCUAGAGCCCCUUUCCCUCACCCCUUAGUUUAAAUGAGGGGGAAAACCUAAAAAGUGAAGGCUUUCUUUUAGUACAAACCUUCAAAAAGGGGGGGAAAUGUCAUUAGAUAAAGAUAAAGAGCUGAUUCCAGCAUUCAAAUAUGUAGCAGAGUAUUUUUAAAAGCAAGAGAAGUUUCUCCUUUUCUUUUUUGUUCUAUAGUUUCAUAGCAAGUGAUCUUAGAAACUUACUAUCUUAGUUGACUUGGGCUGCCAUAACAAAAUAGUACAUACUGGAGGCUAAAAGUCCCAGAUCAAGCAGCCAGCAAGAUGGAUUUCUUUCUGAGGCCUUUUCUUGGCUUGUAGGUGGCUGCCAUCUUGUCGUGUGCUCACUUCUUUGUGUGGGGGAUGGUGAAGGGAGAACAUGAGCAACCUCUCUGGCAGCUCAUAAUAUCUGGGCACUAAUCCCAUCAUGAGGGCCCCACCUUCAUGACCUAAUCCAACUCUAAUUACCUCCCAAAGUUCCCAUCUCCAAGUAGCAUUGCUUUGGGGGGGCAGAAAGGGGGGACACAAAUAUUCAGUCCAUUACAUCUCCUCAAUGAUAACAUGCAGAAAUGGGUGAUAGAAUUGUUUAUUAUUUAUGAGGCAAUGAUUGUUUGACCCAAAGCUCUCUCUUAAAUAUUUGCUUGUUCAAGGGAAUGUAGGCGUUUGUAUUUUUGAUUUCUUUCCAUCAGAUAUUCCUUCAACAUUGACACAUCAUAGCACUCAUCUUUUAUUUACCAAUGUGCCCACUCCCCCUUCAGUGUUACUGUCUCUUACUUGAUCACCAAGUCAGGAGAACACUUGAAAAAUGAUUUUAGUAUCCCCUAGAAUUAUUUUCUAGUGUCUUUAUUAAAACAAUGUUUAAGUAACUUAUUUUGAUCUGCAUUGCUAUUGGUUAAAUCUCAUUGAGACGUAAAUACUUCAUACAGCAAAAUUUCAUUACAGUGAAAGUUACUUGUUAGGCCUUUGGUCUCAUCAUAAUGAGAUUAGAAAAACAGCAUGUUAACGCUGAAGAAUUUACAUUGAUUAGAGCAUGUAGGUGAAAUAAACGUAUAUUAAAUAUUGAGAAAUGGGGAAGAGGUGAUGAUAAAACAACAAUGAGAUAUUUGGAAUCAUUUUAAAAAUACAUUUUCUACUUUGGAAAAUCUUAUUUUUCCUUAGCACACAGGGUCUCUUCACCUGGAGAAGCCACCUGUGGAUAUGAGACUCAACUGCAUUUUCUUUAUACAGAACCUUAUUGUUCACAGAUAGCUGAGAAGUACAGUUUCUUGCUCCAUCCUGGAGUCCUUCCUUCCCCCAAAUCCAAGGAGAUAUUUGGAGUCUGUCUCAGACAAAGGUCAGAGUUGGCUUCCCCAGUUGUGUCCUCUCUCCUGAACUGAGUGCAGUUAUAAACACUUCCUCUUUGCAGGAUCUUUCCAGUAGUAGCUAAGAUUGAAUCAACUGCAGAAGCACCAUUUCUUUUUUUCCCAGAAAACGCCCAUUCUGCUGAAACUGACAUCAAUAUGUGGCAGGAUGGACAUACAUAUAUAUUUGAUCAUCUGUCUAGGAAGUGUUCAUGUUCACAUCUUCUCCAGUGGCAGUGUUUUCUUGGGCAGCACUUACCUCCACUCCACGCAGAGAGAGUUGUGUUAUUUGUAGAGUCACCAGUACUGUGGAGGCCUGUCACCAGGGCAGUGCCCCGGGAACUAGGUCACACAUUGUCUUUGAGGGGGUUUACAUUGUUGCGGUGUGGUUUCUGUCCGUCUCCAACCUGGGGAGAGCGAAGCCUGCUAGCCAGGCUCACAAGGUAGCUGCAGUCAGUAGAUUCAGUGUCCUUGUGCUUCUCUCUAAUCCCUGAGCUGGAACAGUAUACAGAUGUUCCACGUCUCCUAACUUGUUCCAAGUGUUAUUUCUCCUGCCUAUGGAUGUGAGUUAUUUUACUCCUUAUGUUUUUCUGCAAGUUCUUCUACAACUCCUUUCCUCCCAGUGCCAUCUACUCCUCUGGAGCCAACUUUUAUUUCCCUCUUUAAAACCAGCUCUUUUAUACAUUAACUGAAGCACCGUACUGUCUGACAGACUGGGAGAAAUAGGGGGGCCGGGGCAGGGGUGAAUCGCGAACUUAGAUCUUUGGAGAACCAGGUAUUCCCUUACAUUUAUCAUGAAGCCUCCUUUGUCCGAUCUCAAAUGUCAUUACACGGAGGUGAAGAAUAAAGUUUUCCAAACCGUAAUCCUUCAAGCCCAUGUUAACAGAGGUUACAGUUGGCUACGCAGUUGUAGGUGGUUGUAGUUGCAGAUCUGUUCUACUAGUUAUUCAUUUGCAUUUUGCAAGCAAAAUAACUUAACCUGUUGCUAUGUAUCAAGCCAAUAUAACCUGGGAUUUGUAGAAAUCAAGUUUCCAGUUUUGCGUUUUACUUCGAAGGGAAGCAUCCUGCAUGAGUCUCCAUGUGGAGCAUGGUAACUAUAUCCUACAAGAAUAAGAUGCUUCGGGUCUGUGAAUUACACAAGACGCGAAGGAUGGUCCCUUCCAGCAACUUGAAAAUGGCUCAGAAGGUGGGCACAGAGAAGUCGUGUUUCUUGUAUAUUCUCUGCUGAUCUGAAAGUAGGUGAAGGAUGGGAUUUAUCUUCUCAAAAACACAAGAACACUCUGCUCCUGGUUCUGUUAUGGUUCUUGGAAACAGGUGGAUCAGCUUGCAAAAGUCCCUUUAGAUUGAAGCUAAAAUAAUGCUUCAUGAUCUCCCUACUCCUACGGAGGUGGGGCUGGGGGACAUAAAUCUGAAAAACAGCUGGGCUUGAAACUUGGGUCACAUGAAGCUUCUCAGUGAUCACAAACUCCAGCUUCCUAGCAAGUAACAAUUGGAGUAUUUUAAUGGGUCAGGCUAGUGAAAGAACAACUAUAAAAUUGAAACACAUGGAACCAGCUAGAUAAAGAAAAACAUGAGAUGGUAGAAAUAAUGCAUCUGUUAGCACAUUGAGUAUUACACUACAAUAUGCUUUUUGUAUUUAUCAGGGAAAAAUACCAUUGGGCUUGAUUUAGCUGCCUGGCUAUUUAUGAUUUAUAUAGGUCAGUUUGCAUACUGUGUUCAUAUGCCUAUUUUUAAAUGUUUUACAUCAUUAUUAUAGGAGAUUUUUAAAUGCAGUGAAAUUUCAACCCAGAAAAUUCUUAGAAAAUUAAUGAAAUAGAGGAAAAUUGAGAUAGCAGUAAAUAUGACAAUUUUGAAACACUUUAUUUGGUGAAAUUUGAAGUGGGGCAAAAGCAAAUGCACUGGGCCUGCUCAAGUAAGAUGGUUGACUAAGUUUUAUCACCCUUGAGACUCAGGAAUCAAAGAUUAUUUUUUUCUUUUUUCCCUUUUCUCUCUUCUCUGCAAUAAACUUGCAGUGUUCCAACUGAUGUUAGAAGAAGCACCAGCAAGUCUGAGAAGGGAAGCCAGCUAAAUAAAACAUGAAUUAGUGUUAUCUCCCCGCCCCCCCCCCCAAAAGCCUCUUCUUUCUGAAGACAAACGGAUAUGGAACACGUCAUUUGUUUUUAGUAAAACAAUGAAAAUUAACACGAGAAACAGAAAAUGUACAUACGCAUGUGAUCUGCCUACUUUCAUCUAAUGAUGUAAUUCUCCCAGAUUUGGCUUUUUGCUGGCUACUGGCUCUAUCACUCAGAUUUUGAGAAAGCUAAACGCAUAUUACUGAUUUUUAAUAGGCAUGACAUGUGCAGGUACAAAAUUCAAAAGGUAUAAAGGGGUACAGAGUGGAAACCCAGGGCCCUCCCUGCUCCUGUCCUCCAGAGCCAUCUUCUCUCCCCAGCGGUAAUCACAUCACGCUGACCCUCUUUCUGUGUGUCUCUCCAAACUUAACUCUCUCCUUACUUAUAUGUGUGUUGCGUAUCUAUGCAAGUGAUGGCAUGCUGUAUAUACUGUUAAACACCUCUCUGUCUUCAUUUGGCAGUAAAACUUGACAGAUGGUUCAUAUCAGUACAUAUGGAGCUCCCUCACCCUUUUCUACCACGUGGAUUAUAAUUUAUUUGACCAUUCCCUGUCAACAGCAGUCUAAGUGAUUUUCAGUGUUUGCUAUGUAAUGAAUGCUUAACAGAAUGGUCUACGCUCAUCAUUUUACAUUUCUGAGAGUCUAUGGGAUAGAUUCUGGAAGUGGAAUUGCCGAUCAGUGGGAUGCGCCUUUUAGAUAAUGCCACACUUAUCUCCAUAAACUUGCACCGGUAUAGGCCCACUGACAAUGUGUGAGAGGGCCUCUGUUUGCACAUAUUGCGUUGGAGAAUUUGUUCAUCCACACUAAUCAAAUAGGCUUAGAAGUAGUAUUCAAAGUGAGAGUGAGCAUCUUUUCAUAUUACAAGAGCCGUUUGUAUUCAUUUUUCUGUGAACGCUCCUUUAAAUCUUAUUUCCGUUUUUUUUCUAUUUAAUUGUGGCUCUGUGUGUAUAUAUAGGGAAAUUAGCCAUUUUUCUGUAUUGCAAAUUGUUAAGUGCUGCUUUUCAGUUUAUCAUUUGUCUUGGACUUGCUAACAGCACUUUUUAGGCUUUUAAUAUUUUUUUUUUUUGUAUUCAAAGAUAUCAGACUUCUUUGUGGCUUCUAAUUUUGUAUCAUGUUAAGGGGCUUUUGUUUCCUUAAAAAGAAAUUUACAUUGGUUUCUUAUCAUUUUAUUGCUUCUUUUUUUUUUUUUUUUUUUUUUUUUUAGUUAGAAGUAUUGCUCCAUUUGGAAUUUAAAUCCAUGUGACAUGUGAGGUAGCGAUUUAACUUUCCUUUUUCCUACUGUACUGGUUAAAUAGGCCAUGUUUUCCCCCCUGGCUCGAAAUCCCUAUUUAUCAUAUUAUAUGAUAUGUUAAAUUCUCUUAGGUAUUUUGGUUUAUUUGCAUCGAUAUGCCUAUCUGUUCAUAUGUUAGUGCCACAUUGUUUUAACUGCUAUAGCUUUAUAUAAGAUCUUAAAAUCUAAAUAGCAGCAUUGUCUCUCUUAAUGCUCUUCCUUUUUAAAAUUUCCCCAGCUACUCUUGCUUAUUCAUUUUUCCAAAUGAACUUCAGUAUCAAUUUUUCUGGUACAAAUACAAAAUCCUGUUGGUAGUCUUAUCGAGAUUGUAUUAAAUUUAUGAUUUAACUUUGAAUUUGCCCCUUUACAAAGCUAGGUGUAAUAAGCCUUUCCCUGUUCAAAUGUUUCUUGUUUCUUGGUAGUGUUUUUAGUUUUCUUUAUGUGGAAAUCAUAGCCUUCUUAUGAAGUUUAUUCCUAAGCACUUUAUUAUUUCUGUUGCUACAACAGAUGGAAUCAUUUCUUCCUCUGUGCCCUCCAGCCAGCAUUGUUUGUGUGUAAAGUCUGUCAAUUUCUGAACAUUAAUUUCGACCCUACCACUCGGUCAAAUUCUCUCCGUAUGUGUAAUUUCUCCAUGUAAUUGAUUUGUGUUUUCCAGGUAGAUGAACGUGUCGUCUACAAAUUAUGAUCAUUUUACUUACUGAAAGCUAUUUUAUUCUCAUUUUCCCUUUACCAAAGUAGCUUCACGACUUUUGGACAACGUAUGCAAGCAUUCUCUCUGGCAAGUAGGAGGGGAUUUUUUGAGACGGCAGAGCCAUGUCUUCCGUAGGACCAACGAGAACCUUGCUACUGCUUGCACUUAAUUAAUUCUACCUGUGCUUUUAUUGUAAUUUUUGUUUGGUUAGUCCCUCACUUACUGAAAGAAAUUACAGUAAUUCAUUUCUCAUAUUUGUUUAGUAGUAAAGAACAUGGAAUAAGAGGUGGUCACAGCUUCAGUAAUUUAAGCUUUGAUUUUUAUUGGUGUCCUUACAGAUUCUGUUUAACAUGCGAAGAGAAAAAAAUGUUUAAGUUGCCAACAUUUAAAAUUACCCAGUUAAAAAUAUAUGGAGUGUUAUUUUAAUACUGAGCGUGUUCUGCUGUGGUCUCAUUAUCUGAAAAUUGGCAAUCUUGCGAGAAACCAAAUAGUUCCCUUUCUCUAGAACUUCGGGUAGGGCAGUCUCCACUAUCAGAAUCUUCCUAGGUCUCAUCUGCAUGGACAUUAGCUGUUCACUAGUGGGCAUGCAAAACAGUUUAGAUUCCUGCUUGAGAGAGGAUUGAUCAUCUUAGUUUUAUUGUAGUUAAAUCAAACCCAGGGUGAGGAAAAGUAAUGUAAGAAGUUAGGGAUAGACUCUUAGCUCUAGAAACUGGUUUGUUGUACAGCUUUUGGCAAAUCGUUUAACUUCUCUAUUUUGAAAUUUUAAAUUCAUGGGUUGCCUGGGUGGCUCAGUCAGUUAAGCAUCCAACUUCAGCUCAGAUCAUGAUCUCACGG